UUGCCCCAAAGUGUGGUGGAAUUUUGCCGUGUCCCAGCGGUUGCAGGCAGGGUUCCAAAAUCGCUGAUUUUCAAUCUUCCAAUUUAUCUCCUCAGCGGUGGUGAGCGUGGUGGCUUCAAUAAAUUCGGUGGACCCCGGGACCAGGGGCCCAGACAUGACCCAGGUGAGCAGGACAACUCGGACAACAACACCAUCUUCGUGCAGGGGCUGGGCGAGAACGUCACCAUCGAGUCGGUGGCCGAUUACUUCAAACAGAUCGGGAUCAUCAAGACCAACAAGAAGACGGGCCAGCCCAUGAUCAAUCUCUACACCGACCGUGAGACCGGGAAGCUCAAGGGCGAGGCCACCGUGUCCUUCGACGACCCCCCCUCGGCCAAGGCCGCCAUCGACUGGUUCGACGGCAAGGAGUUCUCUGGGAACCCCAUCAAGGUCUCGUUCGCCACGCGCCGAGCGGAUUUCACCCGGGGCGGGGGCGGCCGCGGCCGGGGACGGGGAGGCCCCAUGGGCCGGGGCGGGUUCGGCUCCGGGGGCUCCGGCGGCCGCGGAGGCUUCACGGGAGGGGGAGGGGCCCAGCAGAGAGCGGGGGACUGGAAAUGCCCAAACCCGGCGUGUGAGAACAUGAACUUCUCAUGGCGGAACGAGUGCAACCAAUGCAAGGCCCCCAAACCCGAGGGGGGGCCCGGGGGGCCUCACCUGGGCGGGGGUGGAGGGUUCGAGGACCGGCGCGGCGGCCGCGGGGGCUUUGACCGGGGCGGGUUCCGGGGCCGCGGCGACCGCGGCGGCUUCAGGGGCGGCCGAGGAGGCGACCGGGGCGGCUUCGGGCCCGGCAAGAUGGACAGCAGGGGCGACCACCGGCAGGACCGACGCGAGCGGCCCUACUGAGCCCCUCCCCCACCCCUCGUUUUGUAUUAGCCCCGCCCCCAUCCCUGCAAGCCCCUCCCCUUCGCUGGCUCCGCCCCUUCCCCCUCCCCACCCACUGCUUUUAACCCUCUCCUCCCCCCUCUCAA